CCAUAUGAUAAAAUCAAGAGUAACUUCCCUUUUAUAUCUUCUUUCACAGAAGUCUCUACAAUGUCAAAGAAUGAAAACAAAGAUUGUGUAAAGAAAAAGAAUGUAAAUGUUUUGGAAUCCAUACAAACAUUCGUUGACACAAAUAUUAGAUUAAUUCAGAAUGGUCUGUACAUUGUAGGGGGUAUAGGAGUUAUUGUAGCUGCUCGCAGUAUCUAUGUGACAAAAAUAUUUACAAAAGUUGAAGACAUUCCUGCCCAAUUUUUACGGGAUAGAGUAAAGUUACGUGGGAAAGUCCAGCAAGUUCAUCACGAUGGCAUGUUAAGUAUUGAACACAUUCCGAUUCUUCGUCUGAAGAUACCAUUUGUCAAACAAAAUAUAGAUUGUUUGCCUGUAAAACUAGCUUGUAUAGAUGUGAGUCCUGAGGGUAGAUUGUGGUUAAACAGAAACAUCCUACACAAAGCAGUCUGGUUCCAUCUGCUACAUAGGAAUGGUUCCCUAAAUGGCAUGGGUUCACAAUUGUACAGUAAAAUUGAAAUUCCAAGGCGAUUCAGAGGAAACAUCCAUGUGAAUGAGGAGCUUAUUAGACUAGGUCUGAGUAAAAUCUCCUCACUGUCUCAUCUUGAAGAAAAUGACAUGUUAUUAACCAAUCAAAACUUGUUACUAUAUUUAGAUCAGUUAGUGAAAUUGGAAGACAUUGCCUCUAAGAAAGGUAUAGGUAUGUGGAAACAGCCUGAAGAAAAUUCUUGGAGGAAAAAAUCAUUGACAGCUGUAGGAAGUAUUCUAAGUAGUCCAUUUCGUGCCAUAAAGUGGAUGUAUAAAAAAUGGAGACAUAAAGAGUAGUUUGGUUUUUAGAUUUUUAAAAAAUAAAAUACUUCAAUACAUUUUAUAAUGUUGAGAACUGCAACAUAUACUUUAUAUAUGUAUUAGUUCCAUUUGUGCUAAAUUUUAGAUAUGAGUGACAGAGAUUAAAAUUUGUAAUACUCAUAGACACCCUUAAUUAUAG